AUGCCAGCCCGACCCAACCCGCUUGUUGAGGUGUAUGCAGCAACGUUGGAGCAAUCUUGUGGCGAGGAGCGUCAGUACUGUCCGAGCAGUUCACAGAAACUGCUUCUGGAGAUUUCGAAGCUGGAGUUCUGCCCAGGGUGGAAGGUCGAAGACCACCGCCGUAAAAAAGAUCGACGGUAA